ACUAUAGCUUUGGGUUAAAGUGGCAAGCAAAUGGAACAAUAGCUUGUAAAUAGCUUGUACAAUAUACCGGAAGGUUUGUAAUACACCUUGUCACAUUUUUCUUUAAAUGUUUGUGUUAGUCGUAGGAAAAUAUUAUUUGAACAGUGUAGUAAAGUAAAUAUAACAGAAAGCUCUUAAUGUCAUUCAGGAAAAGUCAACAGGACUGCAUUAUUUUCAACUUUCAACUUUAACUGAUUUUAAGUGCACCCCCUUCCCGAUUACUUUAACAACGAAUAAUUUACUCUACAGUGUUAUUGACUCGUCCAGGAAAAUCGAAAAUAGAGACAGAAACAAGUUGACAAAAAAAUUUAAACAAAUCAGGAUAUUAGAUACCACUAUAAUAUCUAAGAGGACGUCAUGCAUAGUUUUGAUAUAAUAAAUAUUAUUUUCCUUGUAUUGAUCUCAAAUCAAAUAAGCGUGAUUUGUGCAAUAUCAUUUACAAAUUGGAAUUAUUUCUUGCCAGAUAAAUUACCAUUAAAAACAAUUGUUGGAAUUUCAUUACACGACUGUAUUCCUGAAUGUGGGAAACGACAAGGCUGUGAAUACGUUGGGUACAAUAGGUAUACAAAUAUGUGCCAACUGUACCCAAGUUCGGAUACAUUUUCUCGGAUACAAAAUCGAGCAGGCAUCGUUAUUGGGAAACAAGAUAUUGAUAAUACGCUUGUACCUAAUGACUGUACAUGUAACGAGGAUCAAGUUUGCGAUGCCGGCACGUGCUCAAAUAAAGAAUGCCACCAGCUUUCAAUUAACAAUGUUGGAUUUCUCGGUAAUGAAAAUGAUGUAGGAUCUCGACUGGUAGUUUACUGUGGAUUUGGGUUUAUAGAAGCAAGCAACGUUUCCUCGAUUCAAUGUAGGACGUCUGGCGACUGGAGUCAUACCCCGUCAUGUAUUUCUACAACCGUUUGUACCGACAUAUCUACGUUGAACGGAAACUUAAUUGGAACCGGAAAUGACGUCGGCGCUGUAAGAACAGUAGUUUGUAACACGGGAUAUGAGGAACGAUCGAACAUUACGACGAUAACCUGUGAAAUUUCGGGCAACUGGAGUUAUAACCCCAUAUGCAAUGUUAUAAAUGUUUGCAGCAAUUUUACACUAUUGAAUGGAUAUUUUACCGGAACUGGGUACAACGUUGGAGCGUCGCGGGCAAUAGUUUGUAACACAGGUUUCCAGGAAGCAUCAGGUGUGAAAACAAUCACAUGUGAAAGUGAGGGCAGGUGGUCCUAUAUCCCAGAAUGCAAGCUAAACUGUCCAUCAUCUGACGGCUACUACAGAGAUGGUUUCGCUGUAAACAUUUUCUUAACCGCAUCCUUUACACGAGAUGAAGCGGUUUCAAAAUGUUCCUCUAAGGGCGGUAAACUAGUGAAAAUUGACAAAGGGUGGAAAAUGGAGUUUUUAAAUGAAAUUCUGACAGCUUGUUCAGCAUAUUCGGGUUGUGAUGAUUACUGGACGGACGGGAGACCCGUCAAUGGGAAGUACAGGUUUGCUGAUAACACCCUGGUGCCGAUGACUGAGAAUGUAUUCUGGUUCAAAGACAAACCGGAUGAUUAUGAAAAUAAAGAUUGUGCUAGGUUAACGAAAGAAAAUGGCGAAUAUUUAUUCGAUGACAGAGACUGUACGAAACUGAUGAAUUAUAUUUGUGAAUAUUGAAGUAUAUUUUCAAGCGUUAUUUAAGAUGUAACUUAGUCUAACGUUUAUUCCUUUAGGUUCCAUUAUAAGAGUUAAAAUGUCACAUAACACAAAAAUUCCGAAAAAAAGCCCGCGGUUGCCAUUACGGGACGAUCAUCGUUGACAUAAUUCAAUGUGAUCUUAUUAUCUAAGCGAAAACCAUCAUUAUUUGUUUCCUACAAUCCCAGUGAUCUUUCAAAUAAAUUUGAUGUAAACAAUAUCGAACGUUCCUUUUUUCGUCUUAAACUCUUUCUGUGUUUUGUUUCAAGAUUCUUGUAUCUUUAUAAGGCAUCAUAUCACAAUCAAUGCUGAAAGCAUGACAAGAGGUCAGCUUCAGCAGCUGACGAAGAUGGGACAAUAUCUGAUCACGGUGGUG